CUGAAGAAGUGGUUGGGUUUUUUUUUUUCACCCAGGAAAGCUUAUGCCCAAAUAAAUCGGUUAGUCUUUAAGGUGUCACCGGACUCCUGGUUUUUGUGGAUACAGACUAACACGGCCACCCUUCCGAUACGGAGCUACAGUAGUUUUCACGGCAGAGAAGUUACUUUCAAAACCCCUCAGCGCGAGAGGCAGAUGAGCAGGCUCAUGGGUGCAACCAUCAAGCACUGACUCUCCCCUCGGGCAGCAGCAGCGCCGCUGGCUGCUGGCAGGGUGGCCGCCGAGUCCCGCUUAGCUAUCGGGCUGUGCAAUCACUAGUGGGAGCUGGAGAGGGCAAGCGCGGAGAAGGAAAAAAAAACAAAACAAAACAAAACAAAUAAAACUGCAGCGCCUGAGAGAACCUGGCGGGGAGAAACACCACCACCACCACCAGCAGCAGCGGACCCAACUUUGUGGCGUGGAGGCGCAGCGGCGGCAGUGAGCGGCGCCUGCUCUCCGUCCCGGGGCCCGCGGACCCAGCGGCGGGGGCGGCCUGGCAGCCGGGUGGAGUUCACUUCUUUUGUUCCUGGGAGCUGAAUAGGAGAAAGGGACAUUUCAGGUUAACUUGAUAAAGGUCACCCAGCGGGGAAUGCUCUUGUUUUAUUUAAAGCACAGUAGUGACAAGAAGAUUUCUUGAAUGCUGGGAAUUCUGCAGGUUUAAUCUCCUCUUGGCAAGUCCUAAUAGUCUUGCUCCAAGCUCUGACUGGGAGGAAACAGAAUUAAAACAAGAAGCUUGAAGGCUUGCUGGCAGACUUGUCCGAGGAUCUGACAAAGACGAAGCACUGGGACAGUGAAAUAAGAAAAGAAAAAGAAACAGAAGAACACAGGCAAAUCAGAAUCACUACUCUCCUGCAGCAAUGGGUUGGCUGGAAGAAUCAAACUGGCAGCUUCACAUUUCCUUGAUCGUGCUACUCUCCAUGCACACCGAGGCCAAUGGUCUAGACAAACCGUAUUUGCGGAGUUCUGGACAGUUGAACUUGGAGAACAGAAAGGAAGAUGGUGAGAGUACGGCACCUGCUCCUCCCCAGAAGCCACUGCAGUGUCACUGCAAUCACCACUGUCCAGAGGACUCAGUCGACAGCACCUGCAGGACUGAUGGCUACUGUUUCACCAUGGUAGAAGAAGAUGAAUCCGGAGGACGUACGAUUGCCUCAGGAUGCCUAGGCUUAGAAGGCUCAGACUUCCAGUGCCGGGAUACACCCAUAAUACAUCACAGAAGAACUAUUGCAUGCUGCACAGAUGAAGAUUUCUGUAAUGAAAACCUUCACCCUACACUGCCACCGCUGAAAAAUAGAGAUUUUGUUGAAGGAAACAUUCACCAUAAGGCCUUGCUGAUCUCAGUGACUGUUUGCAGUAUACUCCUGGUACUUAUCAUCAUAUUCUGUUACUUCAGGCAUAAAAGGCAAGAAAGCAGACCUCGUUACAGCAUUGGACUUGAACAGGAUGAGACUUACAUUCCUCCAGGGGAAUCCCUGAAAGACUUGAUUGAACAGUCUCAGAGCUCAGGAAGUGGGUCUGGGCUCCCUCUGCUGGUCCAAAGGACUAUAGCAAAGCAGAUUCAGAUGGUGAAGCAGAUAGGGAAAGGUCGCUAUGGAGAAGUUUGGAUGGGAAAGUGGCGUGGAGAAAAGGUAGCUGUAAAAGUGUUCUUCACCACUGAGGAGGCCAGCUGGUUCAGAGAGACAGAAAUCUAUCAGACUGUCCUGAUGAGGCAUGAAAACAUUUUGGGGUUCAUUGCUGCAGACAUUAAAGGUACAGGGUCUUGGACCCAACUGUAUCUUAUCACAGACUACCAUGAGAAUGGCUCCCUGUAUGAUUAUCUGAAAUCCACUACCUUGGAUACAAAAGCCAUGCUAAAACUGGCCUAUUCCUCAGUUAGUGGCUUGUGCCACUUGCACACGGAGAUCUUCAGUACUCAAGGCAAACCAGCUAUUGCCCACCGUGAUCUGAAAAGUAAGAACAUUCUCGUGAAAAAGAAUGGAACCUGCUGUAUAGCAGACCUGGGCUUGGCAGUUAAAUUUAUUAGUGAUACAAAUGAGGUGGACAUACCACCAAACACCCGGGUAGGAACAAAGCGCUAUAUGCCUCCUGAGGUGCUGGAUGAAAGCCUGAAUAGGAAUCACUUCCAGUCGUAUAUCAUGGCUGAUAUGUACAGUUUUGGACUCAUCCUUUGGGAGGUAGCAAGGAGAGGUGUCUCGGGAGGAAUAGUUGAAGAAUACCAGCUUCCAUACUAUGAUCUUGUGCCCACUGACCCCUCCUAUGAGGACAUGCGGGAAGUUGUGUGCAUCAAGAAGCUCCGUCCUUCAUUCCCCAAUAGAUGGAGCAGUGAUGAGUGCCUAAGACAAAUGGGAAAACUCAUGACAGAGUGUUGGGCUCACAACCCUGCUUCUCGCCUCACAGCCCUGCGAGUAAAGAAAACACUUGCAAAAAUGUCAGAGUCACAGGACAUUAAACUCUGAUUCAAGAUCUCUUGUCUGGUGAAAGCCCUUAGAAACUGACUUUCCCUUGAUGAUCAUCAGAAGCAAAGCCUUCACUAUCUGCUCCCUGUUUGCAGGGGGAGGGGAAAUACCAUUUCAGUAACUGGUUCAAGAUUAUGUAUGUUGCUUGCUUUCUGUGAAAGCCCAUUAUUUUUUGAUUGUUUAAAAGAAGAUUACCGUUUUAAAUUUUAUGAAAAUGAAACUUAUGGUUAGAACUAAAGACCUAUAUAUUGUUACAUUAAGAAACUGUGCCUGAAGAUUGAAGUAAAGUGACUUUUUUCAUUUAUAAAAAUAUUUGCACUCCAACAAAAACAAAAAUAUUGAGGUGUGGCUGUGACAUUAAUGGCCUUAAACAGAAGCCAAUGGUUCUUGGAUUAGGCUGAAUUUUCACUGAAAAAUAAAGACUUAUUGAACCAGUUUGGUUUGUCUUAACAGCCUUUCAUUUAUCAGAGAAACCACUGGUGAGUGAAACUGCUAAAAGUUGGUAGGUCAUAAACAUAUACAUCCAGAACUGAAACAUUUAUUUAUGAAAACUUUUGACACCCACUUCCCGUGUAGUCAGUGAUUGAUAUUACAUGGGAAGAGGGUGUACAUAAAGAUGGAAAAUUUCUUUUGAAGAUUAGGAAACCUGUAAAUACUACUGGGAACAAAUGGUUAUGUUGUAUUUGUUCAAACUGUGUAUUGUUGUUUUAACAUUCCCCAAAUAAAAUGCAAAAUUUCAAGACACCCAAAGUGUGGGAGGACACACUGAGGAACCCAGUUCUUA